CAUCAUUAGACAAGCAUCUACGGAGAUAACCCUGCCGUUAUCAGUCGCCUGCGUCCUCAUACCUCCCACUCUCCGUUUUGCAAGCGGAGUUUACGCGUCUCCGCUUCGCUCCUCCUCCAGUUUGCCAUCUGCACUGAAUCCGCAUCGCGCUCCGUGCAUCCGCAGGUUGAAGAAACGCAACAGGUUAUACGCGCGUUAAUGAAUCCGAGAGCGUUCACGAGAGGGCGAGAUGUGGGAACAAAAUAACUGAUUAAACCAGCGAUAGCGUUUCACUCAUCACCUAUUUGGAUUGGCUCGUUUAUUUGUGUGAAACUCUGCGCGAAAAGUUCAUCAUGGUUUCAUUGCUGGAUUUAAGCGCUCUUGUUCUGUUGCUCGUGUGGGGAUAUUGCGUCCUGGCGGACACGGUCUUUACAAACUUUACCCUGGACAACGAGGUGCACUCUAGUUUCAUCCACCGGCGCUUGAAGAGCCAGGAGCGCCGGGAGAUGCAGCGGGAGAUCCUGUCAAUCCUCGGGUUGCCGCACCGGCCGCGGCCGCACCUCCACGGCAAGCACAACGCCGCGCCGAUGUUCAUGCUGGAUCUGUACAAUGCCAUGUCCACUGAAGGAGACGAGGAGGGCUUCUCGUACCCUUACAAGCCCGUUUUCACCACACAGGGACCGCCAAUCGCGACACUUCAGGACAACAACUUUCUGAACGACGCGGACAUGGUCAUGAGUUUUGUUAAUCUAGUUGAACAUGAUAAGGAGUUUUUGCCCGUGAGGCGCCAUCACAGAGAAUUCCGAUUUGACCUGUCCAAGAUUCCCGAGGGCGAGGCGGUGACUGCGGCUGAGUUCCGGAUCUACAAGGACUUUGUUCCAGAACGCUUUGACAACGAGACCUUCCGUAUCAGCGUCUACCAGGUGCUGGAAGAACACUCAGACAGGGAUUCAGAUUUGUUCCUGCUGGACUCACGGGUGAUCUGGGCAGCAGAAGAGGGCUGGUUGGUGUUCGACAUCACAGCUACCAGUAACCACUGGGUGCUGAACCCGGGCCGGAAUCUGGGCCUGCAGCUGGCUCUGGAAAGUUUAGAUGGCCAGAGUGUGAACCCAUGGGUGGCCGGGCUGGUGGGUCGCAGCGGCCCCCAGAGCAAACAGCCCUUCAUGGUGGCCUUCUUCAAAGCUACGGAGGUCCAUAUCCGAAGUAUCCGCUCCGCACCGGGAGGCAACAAGCAGCGCAAUCCCAACCGCUCCAAAACUGCCAAGGGCCAGGAGGCACUGCGUGUAGCCAAUAUUGCAGAGAACAGCAGUGCUGAUCAGAAGCAGGCCUGUAAGAAACAUGAGCUGUACGUUAGCUUUCGAGACCUUGGAUGGCAGGAUUGGAUUAUUGCUCCUGAGGGUUACGCUGCUUAUUACUGUAUGGGAGAAUGUGCCUUUCCUCUCAAUUCCUACAUGAACGCCACAAACCACGCCAUCGUACAGACAUUGGUUCACUUCAUCAACCCCGAAACGGUUCCAAAACCAUGUUGCGCCCCCACACAACUCCACGCAAUCUCCGUCCUGUAUUUUGACGACAGCUCCAAUGUCAUCCUGAAGAAAUACCGCAACAUGGUGGUCAGAGCGUGUGGCUGCCACUAGAGUCCCAUUAUACACACACACACACACACACACACACACACACAGUAUAGACAAUACACAGACAUUCACACAUCUGACUGGUCCGCAUUUGUUAUAAAAAAGGAGCAACCAUAUGAAGAUCUCAGGCCAAUCCCAGGAUUUUUUUUUACCAUGGACAAUGUGCUAAGUUUUCUUAUAUGUACAACAGUUAAUGUUUUAAAUAUGGUAUAAAAAAGGAAAUUACCAGAAAAGACACAAACACCAACAUUUGUAUGCACACAUAUACAUGCUCACAUGUACACACUUUUAUAUGAUACUUGUGCUUUCUACUGUGUAAAUAGUUUUUCAACAAAAGAAACAAAAGUGUAUUUAUUUUCCUGGUCUUCCAACAUGGAGUCUAAACAUC